CAAAUAGUUACUAUGAUUAGUUUCAUUUAAAAACCACUUAGCAACUAAACAAUAUAUACAUAUAUCGAUCAAUUACAUGUUAAACAUGAUAAACAGUAUUAGAACAAACUGAGAAAAAAAAAACUACCCUAAGAACUAAUAAUCAAUAAAUUAAUAUUUUAAUCAAUGAUCAAUGUUCAUCAAAGAUUCGAAUCGGGGUUUUGUCCCUUUUUUUGUUUGUUUUUCUUUUGAAUGAAAAAUUCAUUUGACAACAAUAUAAAAAUCAAUAAUUUGAUUUAAUGAUGAAUAUAGACAAUAGAAGUUAUGUAACAUUUGUACCAUUAUAUGGUUUAACCCAUUUAUAUAUAACAUGUAUCAUACUUGGUAUUAUAAUAAUUUGUACAAUUAUUGGAAAUAUAUUUGUUGUUAUUGCAAUUUUAAUUGAUCGACAAUUACAACGUGUUUCUAACUAUUUGAUACUGAGUUUAGCUGUGGCUGAUUUAAUGGUUGCAAUACUUGUUAUGCCAGUUAGUGCCCUAAAUGAAGUCUCAGAGAAAUGGUGGCUUGGUGUACCAUUAUGUGAUAUAUGGAUAAUAAUGGAUGUUUUAUGUUGUACUUCAUCUAUUUUACAUUUAGUUGCUAUAGCAAUUGAUCGUUAUUGGGCAAUUACAUGUGUAACUUAUAUAAGAGAUCAAAAAAAGAAACCAAUCUAUAUAAUGCUUAUUAUUAUAUGGAUAUUAUCUUUGAUCAUUUCAUUACCAACCCGAUUUCAUAAAUCAAGAAAUGAUCAGCUCUAUAAUGAUGUUUAUUAUGCUGGUGAAUGUAAUAUUAAUAAAGAUUAUAUAUUUACUAUAUUCUCUACAGUUGGUGCAUUCUAUUUACCAAUGACAUUUUUAAUUGGUAUCUAUGUGAAAAUUUAUCAAGCUGCUAGGAGACGAAUACGUCGAAGAACUUUACGUGCUUUCUCUAUAGUAACAUCAUCUUCCAACAAACUAACAAGGACGUUUACGGAUUUACAUGAAAGUGAUGGUGAUGAUGAACAUCAUAACAGUAAUCGUAAACACUUCUUUGAAAGAUGUUCCAUAUGUGUAACCAAUCUCUUUCUUAAUAGUUGUCCAUUAAGAGUGUUUACUGAAAGUAGUCCAUCACCAACGAGUAAUGAAUAUUUAGACAUGACAUCAAGUAAUUCAGAAAAAGAAACUUCAUCACCAUACUUUAGUGUAGAUACAGUUGGAUGUUCUGACAAGUACAGCAUGAUUACAUAUUCCCAUCAUUUGAAUCAACAGAAUAUCAUGAUGUCUCCAACUGAAUGUCCAAAUACUGAAACAUUGAAUGAGAACGAUAUAAUGGAAGAUUGUAAUAGUUCUAUGAAUUAUCCUAAUUCAACCUUGUAUGCAUCAAAAACAAUGAUACAUAAUGAAUUGAAUGAUAGAUGUUGUCUUCAUUUGAAUAGUUAUUUCCAUCAAAAUGAUUCUACAGAUGAUUGUUUGAAACAAAUAAAUAACGAAAUGAUAGGACCUAAUAAUAGUUGUUCUUGUUCAACAAUGAAGAUUCAUAAUGAUCACGAUCUUACUGAUAGAAUGUCAAUGUCUGGUAGAACCAGUACUGAAGAUGUUACCAAAAUCAAAGAAACAGAUUUUCAAUCUGUAAAAUCCUUCAAUAGAUGUCUAUCACCAAAGGAUUAUGAAAGAAGUAAGAAGAAAACCAUUGUUGAAAUGAAUUACAACUUGAAACAUAAUUCUAAUAUCUCUGAAAUGAAGAAAAUUGAAAAUCAAUCUGAAUCAGUACAGCUCUAUGAAGCUUCACCUCAAUUAAAAAGUAUUAUGAUCACUCCGAAGAAAUUCAACAAAGAAUUAUGUAUUCCAAGUCCUAUCCUAUUCGAUUCCGAAGAAAUAACCAAUCAUUUGACAUAUUUGCAAAUACCUUUUUGUGAUGACAUAGAUCCAUCUCAUGACUCAAUAAAAUUAUGUAAUGAACUUAAUCAUUCUCAUGAUCAUAUACAAAGUAACCUAUAUCCAAUAUCACCUUAUUUAUCUUCAAAUGAAAGUUUAAUUAGCACCUAUUCAUAUAUGAUAUUUUAUGAACAAUCAUUUAAUCAAAUCAGACCACCAUUAUGUUAUGAUCUUUAUGAAUAUCAUAAAAUAGAUCAAAAUCAAAUUAAAGAUUUCAAUCUAAAACCAUUUCAUCAACAUAUUACUCAAUUCAAUCAAACUAACUAUUAUAAUAAUAAUAUUAAUAAUAAUAAUAAUAAUAAUAGUAAUGAUAACAAUGUUAUUGAUAAUAAUAGUCAUAAAAUUAGUAAUAAUAGUAAUAGUAUUAAUAGUAAUAAUUAUACUACUAAUAAUAAUACUAAUAAUAAUAGUAAUAAUAUUAGUAACAGUGAUAAUAAUAGCAACAAUAAUGGUGGUAAUAAUAGUAAAAAUAAUAUUAUUAAUAAUAGUAAUAAUAAUAGUAAUAGUAAGAAUUAUACUACUUAUAAUAAUUUUAUUAUUAAUAAUAAUAAUACUAAUAAUAAUAUUAUUAGUAAUAAUAAUAGUAAUAAUAUUAGUAACAGUGAUAAUAAUAGCAACAAUAAUGGUGGUAAUAAUAGUAAAAAUAAUAUUAUUAAUAAUAGUAAUAAUAAUAGUAAUAGUAAGAAUUAUACUACUUAUAAUAAUUUUAUUAUUAAUAAUAAUAAUACUAAUAAUAAUAUUAUUAGUAAUAAUAAUAGUAAUAAUAUUAGUAACAGUGAUAAUAAUAGCAACAAUAAUGGUGGUAAUAAUAGUAAAAAUAAUAUUAUUAAUAAUAGUAAUAAUAAUAGUAAUAGUAAGAAUUAUACUACUUAUAAUAAUUUUAUUAUUAAUAAUAAUAAUACUAAUAAUAAUAACAAUAAUAGUAUUAGUAAUAGUAAUAAUCGCAAUAAUACUAUCAAUAAUAAUUAUAAAAAUAGUAGUGAUAAUAAAAGUAAUAAUAAUAAUGGUAAUAAUGGUAAAAAUAAUAAUAUUAAUAAUAGUAAUAAUAAUACUAAUAGUAAGAAUUAUACUACUAAUAAUAAUAUUAUUAAUAGUAAUAAUAAUAGAAAAAAUAAUAAUAACAUUAAUAAUAUUAGUAAUAAUAAUAAUAGUAAUAGUAAUAAUGAUAGUAAUAAUAAUGCUGGUAAUAAUAGUAAUAAUAAUAAUAUUCAAAAUAUUAAUAAUAAUAUUAAAAAAAGUAAUAAUAAUGAUAAUGGUAGUAAAUAUACUAUUAAUAAUUUUAUCAAUAAUAGUAAUAAUACUACUAAUACUAAUAAUAGUAAACAAUUCCUUAAAGAACCUCUUCAUCUAAAAGUGAAUUCAUUUAAAUCUAUAACUAUUCAUCAUCUAAAUGAAAUGGAACUUUAUCAUGAACGUAUAGAAUGUCAUCAUGAAAGUAAAGCAGCUAGAACAUUAACCAUUAUAACUAGUUGUUUUCUAUUAUGUUGGUUACCAUUUUUUUUAUAUACAUUAAUAUUACCAUUUUGUUUAAUUAAAUGUAAUAAAUAUCAUUUUAUUGAAAGUUUUUUAUUAUGGUUAGGUUAUUUAAAUUCAUUAUUUAAUCCAAUUAUAUAUACAAUAUUUUCACCAAAUUUUAGAAAUGCUUUUAAAAAAAUUUUAUAUCAUAUUUAUUUAAUAAUUUUUAAGAAAAAAAAAAUUUUUUUUUUAA